GAUCAUUUCAGAUGAUCACACUUACAUAAGCCCUAUAAGCCUACAUAAAGCUGGCUGGUGUUUCCUCAAUUCCUCAUUCCCUCACCUUUCCACUUGCCAUCAUACCCCAGAAUGCCUGAUUCACCUAUCUUGAAUUCAGAUCCCGACGAGCAAUCUCGUCUCUUACCUCAAGCUAUCAAUUCACCUAACCUUGACCCAACCGACGUGCCAGCUUGGGACUCAAAGUCGCUUAUCGUCGCUCAUCGUCAAUACGGUCCAGUCGCAGGAAUGCUGUGGGUAGCUGAAGCUGGAAUUUUGAUAUGGUUUAUUGGAAUCUGGAAGGUGGUUUUGACUCACCCCGCCGGAUUGUUCACAUUCCAUCCGUUGCUUCAAUCUUUUGCUAUUCUCGCUUUCUACCAAGGCAUCUUGGUCUUACAGCCCACCAAGACUCCCGCUCAGAAGCGUGCAGGCUUGAGUGUGCAUGAGGUCUUUCAAAUCACUGGAACCGUAGCAAUCGCUGCCGGCACGGUCAUCAUGAUCAUCAACAAAUCACUUCAUAAUGCUCCCCAUUUCACCUCUUGGCAUGGCCUCCUAGGUUUCAUCACAGCAUGCGUACUCGUCAUUCAAUCUUCCUUUGGUGGGCUGAUUGGUUUCGAAUGGAGUAGGAAAUUGAUCUUGGGCGAAAGUACGGCAAGAAGUCUGUGGAAAUAUCAUCGGGCAUCUGGAUAUCUUUUAAUGAUCCUUAUCGCUCUCACCUUUUUAACAGCGACCCAAAGUGAUUGGCUUAUAAUGGUCUCGUCGGUAAACGAGCGAUAUAUUCUUGCGUGCGCAUCAAUUGUUGCUGUUGUUGGCUUGCUUGCUCGCACAAGCAUUCGUAAGAUCAUACCUGCAAGAGCUUGAUCUUCUUGAACCAAACUCAAUCCCGGCUGUUUUUUUACAAGACAUUGAUUCCUUUGCUCAGAAACACUUCCCUCACAAUUUUAUACACGAUGAGUAUGUUUUUUGUUUUCACUUUGAGUAUUGCAACAUCAACAUUUCUUAUCAAUCAUCAACAUUUUCGAUUCAUUUGUAUCUCUACUUCAUCUUUUUGUAAAUCACCCCUUGUUUGGGAAAUGCUCGGGCUCAGACUGGUAUGCAAAGAAUCUGUAUAUUCAAAAUGG